AUGUCGGACCCGGAACCCACGACUGAGCCCCCGGCCCCUCAGCCGCCAUCCAAGCGCCGCAAGGUCCACGAUGACAGCACCGAGUCCACCCCGCAGCGCUUCGAUACGCCCGACGACGGAGACGCGAAGGCGUCCAUGAGUGUUUCGAUACGCGAGCGCCCACCACCCGACAGCCGCAGCCCUGCCGCCCGCGACAAGGAAUACUACAGCGAACACAGCACGUCGCGCAGCCGCUCGCGCUCGCCUUCGAGCUCCAGAUCACAGUCCCGGUCCCGGUCGAGAUCGAGGUCCAGGUCACGCUCAGAGUCGCGCUCGAGGUCGAGGUCGCGAUCACGGUCACAGACCAGCUCCCACGCAGACUCGCCGUCCAUCUCGCGCUCGCGCUCUCCCGCCUCCGUCGAGCCGACGCCGCUCGAGACGCCACAUAAUGCCGAGCCCGAGACGCCGCAACCACCGCAACCCGUCAGGCCUAAUUUCAGGCCGCGGCUUGUCCUGGGUGGGCACCAGAAACCCAUCUCGCAGGUCCGCAUCUCGCCCGACGGGCGGUGGAUCGCGUCCGCCUCGGCCGACGGCACCAUCAAGAUCUGGGAGGCGUCCACGGGCAAGCAUAUGGAUACCCUGGUGGGCCACAUGGCCGGCGUCUCGGCCGUCGCCUGGGCCCCGGACUCCAAGACGCUGGCCACGGGCUCGGACGACAAGGCCAUCCGGCUGUGGGACAGGGUGACGGGGCGGCCUACGAGGGCGAGGCCGUUGCUUGGACACCACAACUACGUUUACUGUCUCGCCUUCUCGCCAAAGGGCAACAUCCUGGCGAGCGGCAGCUACGACGAGGCCGUCUUCCUAUGGGACGUCAGGGCAGGGAGGUUGAUGAGGAGUUUGCCCGCACACAGCGACCCUGUCAGCGGUAUUGAUUUCAGCGUGGACGGGACUCUGGUGGUCAGUUGCAGCACUGACGGUCUAACCCGCAUAUGGGACACGGCGACGGGCCAGUGCCUGCGCACCAUGGUGCACGAGGACAACCCGCCCGUGACGUCGGUCUGCUUCGCGCCCAACGGGCGCUACGUGCUGGCCUUCAGCAUGGACUCGUGCCUGCGCCUGUGGGACUACGUGUCGGGCAGCGUCAAGAAGACGUACCAGGGCCACACCAACAAGGGCUUCAGCAUCGGCGGCUGCUUCGGCUGCGUCGACGGCGGCGCCAACGCCUUCGUCGCCGCCGCCAGCGAGGACGGCGACAUCGUCCUCUGGGACGUCCGCUCCAAGGCCGUCGUCCAGCGCAUCGAGCGCGCCCACGACGGCGUCUGCUUCUGGGUCGACGUCAACGCCGACACCAUGGUCAGCUGCGGCCAGGACGGCAGGAUCAAGGUCUUCAGGCACAAGGGCCCCGAGGAGCAGAGCACAAAAGCGACAGUGGCGGCGGCGGCUGCGACAAUAGAGGCGCCGAGCCCUAUGAAUGGGUCUGCAGAGGCGAAGCCCACCGAGGAGGCAGAGACGCCCGUGGAGAACGGCGGGACGAAGGAGAGUAGCGAGACGCCGUUGAAGGAGGAGAUCGAUAUCAAGAUGGAAGAAUGA